AUGACCAAAUAUAUGCGUUUUUUUAUAUACCCACGUUAUCUAUCUAUCUAUCUAUCUAUCUAUCUAUCUAUCUAUCUUUUAUCUAUUAAACUCUUUUCUAUUAACAUAUCUGCGUGUCUAUCUAUCUGUGACUAUCACUUGUCCAUAUCUAUCUAUCUAUCUAUCUAUCUAUCUAUCUAUCUAUCUAUCUAUCUAUCUAUCUAUCAAUCGAUCGAUUUAUCACUGUCUAUUCAUAUUGGUCUAUCUUUGUGUAUCUCAGUCUAUUCAUAUCUAUCUAUCUAUCUAUCUAUCUAUCUAUCUAUCUAUCUAUCUAUCUAUCUAUGUCAGUCUGAUCAUAUCUAUCUAUCUAUCUAUCUAUCUAUCUAUCUAUCUAUCUAUCAGUUUGUUCUUAUUUAUGUCAUUCUCAUUUUUUCAUUUCUAUCAACCGACUCAUCUACUUUUCCCUUUAUAUAUCAUCGUUUUUCUCUCUAUCUAAUCCCCGCUCUCUCCCCACUUUCUCUCUCUCUCUCUCUAUAUAUAUAUAUCUAUCUAUCUAUGUUUUUUUUAAUUUACCCCUUUCCUGAUAACCUCUUAUUCCUGUUGCUGACUCUCUUUUCUUCCCUUUGCUUACUCUUUUCUUCCCUUUGCUUACUCUCUUUUCUUUCCUUUGCUUACUCUCUUUUCUUCCCUUUGCUUACUCUCUUUUCUUUCCUUUGCUUACUCUUUUUUCUUUCCUUUGCUUACUCUUUUUUCUUCCCUUUGCUUACUGUCUUUUCUUUCCUUUGCUUACUCUCUUUUCUUUCCUUUGCUUACUCUCUUUUCUUCCCUUUGCUUACUCUCUUUUCUUCCCUUUGCUUACUCUUUUUUCUUCCCUUCGCAUACGCUCUUUUCUUCCUUUUGCUUACUCUCUUUUCUUUCUUUCGCAUACUCUUAUUUCUUCUAUUUGCUUAA